CAGCCGGACGGAGCGCGGCGGGCGGCGACAACUGCAGGCGGCAAGCGGCAUCGACGGCGGCAAACGCGGGCGCCGGUGGCUACGACAUCGACAAAGUCAUGGACCCCAGUGUGCUUUCAGCAAUGGACCGGGAUGCGCUCAAGAAACAAAUAGAAAACAUGCGCUACCAAUCUACAAUGGACCGGUGGCCGCUGUCCAGGAGCAUACAAGCGAUGAGAGAGUUUGUAGAAGAAAACGAGAAAACCGAUCCACUCAUCCAUGCACCCGACAAAAAGAACAACCCUUGGGCAGAAAAAGGAAAAUGUGCAAUAAUGUGAAUAGCAAUUUUCUACUGUGUCUUUAAAACAGCAGUGACGAGGGCCGGUAGUUUAAACUGCCAUCGGAUCACUUAUACAUUUUCCUUAUAAUAUUAACGCAAUCAUUGUUUUUUAUUCGUAAAUAAUGAACUAGUUUUUAAAAUACAUACAAUUGUAACAUUUCCAAUAUCGUAAAAUAAGAAUAUUUUGUUCAGUUUGUUUUGUUUACGACACGUUUAUAUAUCAAUAAUAAAAUAAGUAUAAAAAUAAGGGAAAUGGAAUGAAACAACCAUCAAAAUUAAUGAUAAAAUAUUUUAUAUUAUUAUAUAUUUUAAGGGUAAUCGUAUAAGCUCAAUGAACCAAUUUUAAGAUAAUUAUGAAAUACUAUAGCUGUUUCUGUUUAAAUUCGAUUAGACUUAUUAUCAUAGUAGGUCAAGCGUAACCUCAGAAAAUUGAUCAUCACAUACCAAUUGCGGUGUAUUUAAUACCAUUAAAUUUUUUAAUCUAUUUUUUAAUAGCUAAGUUAAUUUAACUAUCAUACUUUACUUUAUAUUAUUAAUUAUAAUAUUAUUAUGUACAUGCAUAAUUCUUAGUUGUAUUCUAGUCACUUGUAAUACAUUUUAUACUACAUAAAAAAAUAUCAAUUAAUUGAAAAAGACAACGCAGUUAAAAAAUCUUUGAAUUCUUCAAUAUCUUUAUGUAUGAUAAAUUUAAAAUGGAAUCGCUCUGAAUCAUAUCCAGUCAGUAAAGUAUUCAUUCCUUUUGCUUUAAUAGUUAAUAGGCUACACGAAACUGUUAUUACAUCUUUAAGGUUGUUGUGACCUCAAUAAAUAUUUAAAUAGUUAAAUAAAAAUGUUUUUUUUUCUUAUUCAUUUAACUAAUUUAAUUAAUCGUUUAUAACAAAAAAUGGCACCAUAUUUUAUACGCCAAUUAUUUAUCUUUGUAUGAUAACUACCGAAUUUAUGUUUGUAUAAAUAUGUAAUUUGAUUUCUUGAUUUUCCUUUAAUUGUAAUUAUACAAACACAGGUCAUAACUAUGAUCCGAGUUUUUCAAUAUUUAAAAAUAAAUCCACUUAUGUAAGCACCAAUUAAAUAAUAAGACUAGCUAUGUGAAUAAAAUACUUUUUUGUUUUAUAAACCAUA